AUGCAUAUUUUUAUUUACGUUAUUGUCGCCGUCAUUGGUCUUUCCUUGUCCUUUGCGCAUUGCUAUCAAUUUAACGCAUUCAACUUCAGCAGGUGCUGGCGCAUAAUCGGAAGAAAACCUCUAUUCAAAAAACGCUACAACCGACUGACUCCACUGCAGUCAAGAGCUAUUCCAAACCAAAGACUUCGUGUUGCCUUUGGAAUUGAUAACGCAUUCACUAGCCACGAAGAGUUUCGUGUGAAGCAAUUUAUCGUCCAAGCAAAAAGUCUUAUCAACCUUAGCCCAACCGCUUGGAACCUUCUUUCGGACAUCGCCCACAGGGCAGUGCGGCGCAGCAUCAAAGAUACAACGGCUAACGGUCACGGGGAGAUAAAAAUCCGUGUUAUGGAUCUGGUCCAAGCAUUGACACUACGAAUGGUUCUUCAGGUGCUGUUUUCGAUGGAAGACGAAGCCCUCAACCUUCCUGACAGUUGUUUAAUCGAGCUUGCCAACGCAAUAAACAUCACCUGGAUAAAUUCAAAGAUUAAAACAACAUCAACUCCAUUCGAAAACAACUCCCACCUUCAAGAGGCCAUCCUGGGUAUAUUCCCUGCAACACAAGACCUGAACCCGCAGAACAACCCGCUGAACAUGAUCCUGCCUGGCUUUGAAACCAUGUGGCGAAUUGCUAUAUGUAUGUUUAUUGAGACAGGAUAUACUACCGGCUUUCAACAUCCAGAAUGGCGAACGCAACUAGCCGCAUUUGCUCGCACUCCCAGCAAAGCCGUGUUCGUGCAGAAGGUCGGUAUAGAUAACGUCUCGGUGGAACAACUUGUGAAUGAGGCACUGCGUCUGUAUCCACCUACAAAAAGAGUGUAUCGAGCCUUUCAGUGUUACGAGUCAAGUGUCUCCGAGGUCGAGGCCGCAGAUAUCGAGGGGUCUCACACAGCAGCGCACAUCUGGGGAUCAGGGGCCAUGUUCUUCGACCCAAAGCGAUGGGAUGCUUUGACAAGCACGCAAAAACACGCAUUUAUCCCGUUCGGCAAAAAGCCGUUUGUUUGCCCUGCGCAGAGUGUAUUCGGACCUAGGGUAAUUGGGCUGAUUGUGGGCGUCUUAUUAAUGGAACUAGGGGAGGAUUGGACAUUGAAAUUUAUUGGAAGUGAUGGCAAAGACCUACGUCCGGAGACGAGGCUAAGCAACGAGCGGAAUUCGUAUGAUUGCCUGUACCUAACCCAUGGGGGUAAUUCUUUUGCGCCUCAAGGGAACUAG